AUGGCUCCAGAAGACAGCCCUCCACCUCCUGACAGCCCUGCUCUUCCUGAUGGCCAUGGCGAACUGGAGUUUUGGCCGGCUGCUGGAGCAGUAGGUGAAAAAGUACUGCUCGCUCCUGUCAGCGCACCCUCUCCACCAUUUGUGGCGAUUGAAUGGUCAUUUGGAUCAGUAGACACUAUAAUAAGGGUUUUACCUAAUGGUAACCUUAUACUAGGAAAAGGAUAUGAAGACAGAAUCAGUCUGAAUCAAACCACUUUGUCUCUGGAGCUCCGGAACCUGACACUGACUGAUUCUGGAAAUUACAGAUUGAGUGUAUUUACAGAGUCCGAGUCUGCUGCUGGAGAAACUUUACUAUAUGUGUUUGAAAGAAUAUCUGGUGCUAGACUUAUUGGUCCAACAGAGUUGUUAAUUGAGGAUGAAUCAUCUGCUAAUGUGACCUCUGAGGGAACUGGUACCAUCACCUCUGUACUUUGGAUGAAAGAUAAUAAUCCUCUGUCUCCUAGCAACAACAUCAACUUCUCAUCUGAUAACAGAUCAGUGUUGAUCAAUCCAGUGAGAAGAUCAGACAGUGGAGAAUAUCAAUGUACAUUAAGAAACCCUGCAAGCUAUGAGACUGCAAAACUCAGCCUUACCAUCAACUAUGGACCAGAAGAUGUUCGUAUUAAUGGUCAAAAUGAGGUGGGUUUAGGUGAUCCUGUGUCGCUGUCUUGCUCUGGAAAUUCUGUACCUCCUGCUACAUUCACCUGGAAGUUUAACGGGACAAACACCACUGUGACAACAGACAAAUAUACCAUUAAUGAGACAGACUUCACACACAGUGGGGAGUACAUCUGCACAGCCUGGAAUUAUGUUACAAAUAGACAUGUCUCACAAAUCCAUAAUUUAAUAGUUAAAGUUGGUGGUGGAGGAGGUGGGCUGACAACAGGAGAGAUAAUUGGAAUUGUCAUUGGAGUUUUGGCAGUUGCAUGCAUUUGUGGUUUGACUGUCUAUUUGAUCAAAACUAAGAAAAUCCCAAAACUCAGUCUAGGACGAAGUGGACCACCCAGUGGAGAACCACAAAGCAGACAGGAGCCUGACUUGAACUAUACAGAUAUGAGUCAUAUCCAAAAGAGAGAGAAUGGAAAGAGAGUGAUUCAAGGUAACAUGCGUGAAUCUAGUGUGGAGUAUGCAGAAAUAAACACGGGGGUUCAAACAAGCCAAGGGCCGGGAAGACAGGUACCAAAACCCUCUUCCUAACCAGAUGAAUCCACCUAUGCACAGGCGAGGAAGUGAAGGCACACCUUUACCCAACUGAAACCCA